AUGUCUGGCAUUGGUUUGCGAUUGAUGUGGGCGAUGAUGGGCUAUUCUUGUGUUGUUCAUCUAAAGCAAGCAAAUUGGCAAAUUGAAAGGCAAUUGCUUAAUGCGUUCCUGCUUGGAGCAAACAACAACUCAGCUCGGCCUGCUACUCUGCGACUCCUGUACGCACAUUCUCGUUGCAUAGAAAGGCUUCCUGGCUGGGUGGGAUUGGUUGGUCAAUUGACAUAUCAACCAAUGGCUUCUCAUGCCCGCGCUGUCGACCCAAUUGGGUUAUUAGGACCCAAGCCAUCACCUGCUAAAGCCGAAACUCCGACUCCAUGUUUCGACCGGGGCCCAGGCGCCAAAAUUUCAGCCUUAGACGGGCCUUUUGAGCCUGACGCUUGA